GGAAAAAGCGGCAUGGCUGAGCUGCGCUAGCAGACACACUCAACACAACGCUUCUUAACUUCAGUCCGGACUCAGAACUUGGAACCGAGUUGGAAAUAGGCACGCUGGAAAGGACAUACCCCUCUGAGCGCGACUUCGUGUCGCUCAACAGGGUUAUCUGCAGUUUCUCCUAUGAGUAAGCGAGUUUGUUUUCGGAAUUGUUUUGGGGGCUCUGACACAAAAAUAGACAAAGACCGUAUCUUUAGUCUGUUUACCUCCUUCAGACACUGACGUGUUGGUCACGAGAAUGACUGUUCAAUCGGCCCUCUUACCAAUACUGGUCUUGGGACUAAUUACAAGUUCGGUGCGCUGUGCUCCCUUACCCGGCAGACAGAGCGGCCCAGAGAAGCGACGCUGGGAGACUCUCUACUCUCAGUCUUUAGCUCGAAUCCCUGGGGAAAAAAGGGAUAUCAACCGGGACAGUGACUAUCUCAUGGGGAUUAAAAGACUGCGGCGACUUUACUGUAAUGUAGGCAUUGGAUUUCAUCUCCAAGUAUUACCUGACGGUAGGAUUACUGGAGUGCACAACGAAAACCAUUACAGUCUUCUUGAGAUAUCUCCAGUUGAGAGGGGAGUUGUGACACUGUUUGGUGUCCGGAGCGAGCUAUUCGUGGCCAUGAACAGCAAGGGGAAGCUCCACGGAUCUGUGCAGUUCACUGACGAGUGCAAAUUCAAGGAAAAACUCCUGGCCAACAACUACAAUGCGUACGAAUCCGUAGCAUACCCAGGGAUGUACAUCGGACUUAGUAAGACCGGCAAAACGAAAAAGGGAAACAGAGUGUCAACAGCCAUGACGGUGACACAUUUCUUGCCAAGAAUUUGAACAAACAAGGAAAAGACAGGGCAGUUGACACAAGGGCAGACAGGCAGUGGAACCUCUGUACGAUGCACUUUCUACAGAGGUUACACGCGAGGUUAAGUGUAUAUGUAUGUAUAUAUAAGACUAUUUAUAAUUGUUCAUUUUAUAUUUCCUUUAAACUGCCUCUUUGUAAGUGUGAAAACGUUUAUUUAUUUGUUAUUUGUUUAUUUAUCCCAUCUGCUGCUAUCAAGUGUUUAAUACGUGAAAUUCCUACAAUGUCCAAUGUUUUUUUUUUUCUUGCACUGUUUUUUGUUGUUCUAAAAUAAUGUUUUGAAGGAGUGAAUUCCUUGUUCCUGGGAAAGAAAAAAGUAAGUCUUAGCUCAAAUUUCUGACUCGUGAAGUCGUAUCAAGCCCAAUGGUAUUACGCACUGGAGCAAUUGUCCAAUGUCUGGCCUCCUUUGUGUGGUGAUGGGGUCUAAAUGAAGCAGUAUCGGUUUACUCUCAGUAACUGAAAGUGCGGCGUUGGAGUCCUACCCCCAGAUCUGUUUUUAGCUCUGCUGGGGGCGGGGGGGAGGAGGCUUUGAACCCUGAACUUAUCUGUAGUCAAUCUUUGUCAGAUCUAUAAGGCUCCGGCUAGAGGAAGGCAUCUUCUUGACAUUACACAAGCAAAAAAUACUUAUAUUAAAGAUAUGAUUAUGCGCCGAUAUGAAAGACAGACACCAUAUCCAAGCUCCUUUAUAAACACAUAUUUUACAACAUGAAGUUUGAGUCAGUCUUUUCUGUGGUACAUAGGCCCCCGGCGAAGGUCAGGGAAAUAUUGCAUGAUCAAAGAUCAGUAUUUGUAUAAAUUGGUAACAAAAAAGCCAGAGUCAGUCGAGUAUAGGGCAGGGUUGUGUGGAUUUACUUUAGGCUAUUGAUGCUAUAUUCUCUUUUAUACAACUUUUGACAGUAAGGUAAUAGGAGCCAUGUCUGCCUUUUAGUCAUUCUCUACCUCAUUACGCUGUCGUCUGACAGUCUCCUAUUCUCAGUUUUGCUGACAGCGAAUGUUUUGUGUAGUUUGCCGUUACGCAGCCGGCUUAUUGCAUCGCUACUCGCUGAAGUCCUGACGGCCACUGCGUCCUAGUCGCUCCUUGUCACGUUCGAGCUAUCUUUACCCUGUGAUUUACUUUUGGAAAGGAUAAUCAUGGUGGAAAUAUUUGAAGACAGCUGUUAGACUGCACUAUACGCUCACCAGUAACCCUAUAUUUGUCUUUAUAUAUUUUGUAAAUAUAAUGUGGUGUAAUUAGUGAAGUACCAAGAAGCUGCUUUAAGCCAGGUAUUCCACUUUGUUCAAUAUGGCGUGAAGGUAGGCUUACUUUUACAUGGGGAGAGGUUUGGCUAGUCCAUUUUGAAACCUUUUCCAACUGACCGAGAAAAAUCUCAAACGAAGCAUUCCUUAUUGUUAUUGUUUGUUACAGGUACAAAUUAACGUUAAAAAAAAAGAGAUUUUUUAAAAUUUAGUCUACCAAAAUAAUAUCAGGAGAAUGUGGACAGGUGGAUGGAUGGAUGCACAGUGGGUGUUGUGAAUAAGUUUCACCGACCAUGUCAAUAAAAUAAAUCACUGCAACACAGCCAUAUUUUAGAGAAAAAAAAUGGAAUGAUUUUGGGAAAUAUUCGAGAUUUUUUUUUUUUUUUUUUUUUUUUUUUUUUACAGUAUUUGCUGAACUCCAAUUUAUGCAUUGCCAUUCUUCCAACUUUCCAAGGCAAACCCAUGUAUUCUGUCUGGAUGCACAAAGUUGUCGGUCUGGUUUGAUUUCCCCAAGGCAAUGUUAGAGUAGUCUCCCUCAUCAUAUCUGCCCUUUUUACAGCUGUGUCAAACGUCUUUCCAAAUGGAGCCGUUUUGCAUCAGUAUGGAUAUUCCUUACCAUUGGUUGCGUGGUCAUCACCAUGUGGAACAGAUACAAAUCGCUGGAGUGGAUUUGCUUAAGCAAAAUGUGCAGUAUCAACAUGCGUAUCCAUGUGGUCUGACAAUAUAGAGAGAUUAGUGAAAGUAGGAGCACAUCACCACAUAUCUGAUCUGCCACUUGAACACAAUGCUCUACAGUAGCAAAAUCUCUCCAAAUCUGUUUCAGGAGUUUGUAUUUUUUUUUAAAUGGACAGUAUGGAAAUAAACUGUUUCUGUCAAUUACUUUAUGGUUAUUCAUCCAUCUGCUUGCUGGUUGUUUCAGCAUUGCUGGUUGAGCUACUGGACUGACUAUCCUUCUGGAUUAUGAACCUUGCUGCCAUUUACCAAAUAUUGUCUGUAGUUUUAUACAGGUCCAAACUUUGUGAUGUAUGUGCCAUGCACAUGAUGAUAACCUAACUUA